AAACAGCUCCAGGAGAGAAAGAGAGGAGGGAGGAGAGAGCCGCAGCCCCGCUUUCAGCCUGAAUGGGCUCGUCGGUUAGCUAAGCUUAGCAUCGUCCGACUGCACCGUUAGAGAACUCCCGUGUUGUUUUCCUCUCCGCCCCCCACCCCACCCCCUCUCCCUCGUGUCUCUCCCCCACCCCUGGCUCCCCCCUUCCCGCUUGCAUUCCCCGCCGCCGCACGUCUCCAAGAUGAUGAAGUUUAGGUUCCGUCGGCAGGGAACCGACCCGCAGAGAGAGAAGAUAAAACAGGAACUCUUCGCCUUCAGCAAGACUGUGGAGCAUGGGUUCCCUCACCAGCCCAGUGCUUUGGCCUUCGACCCCAAACUGGAACUCAUGGCCAUCGGAACCAAGUCAGGAGCCAUCAAAGUCUACGGGUGUCCAGGUGUGGAGUUCACGGGCCUCCACGGAGACACCACGGCCGUCACACAGAUCCACUUCCUGCCCGGACAGGGCCGCCUGCUGUCGCUGCUGGACGACAACACGAUCCACCUGUGGGAGCUGGCGGCCAGAGAGGAGGGAGGGGUCACGAGAGAGGGCGUGGUCUGUCUACAGGAAGUGGAAAGCUACAUCCUCCCAGGAAGACCGGGCAUUGAGGGCUGCAGUGCCACUCGGGUGACCGUCCUCCUCCUGCUGAGGUCGAGCGACCUGCUGUGCAUCGGAACAGAGGGAGGGGGUGUCUACUUCCUGGAGUUGCCCCGCCUCUCGCUGAAGGAGAACCAGACGCUGCUCCAGGAUCAGGUCAUGCAGAGCCUGCCAGAUGAUUACAGAUGUGGGAAGUCCUUGGGGGCGGUGGAAUCUCUUCAGGAACAUCCCCAGCAGCCGGGGAAGAUUCUGAUUGGCUACAGCCGAGGCCUGGUGGUCCUGUGGGAGCUGACCACCCGGCACGCCGAGCAGCUCUUCCUGGGCAAGCAGCAGCUGGAGAGCCUGGUGUGGGAACGCUCUGGAAACAUAUUUGUCAGUUCCCAUAACGAUGGGGGCUACUCUGUGUGGGCUGUUACCAACGGCAACACCUACAAUCACCAGCCAGUGUCCUCCUCCAUCCCAUACGGUCCAUUUCCCUGUAAGGCCAUCAACAAGGUCCUGUGGAGAACCACACAGACGGGGCCUCCAGUGUUGCUCUACAGCGGCGGGAUGCCCAGAGCGAGUUACGGCGACCGCCACUGCCUGACCAUCCAGCAGGGCAAAGACCACGUCACUCUGGACUUCACAUCGCGAGUCAUCGACUUCUUCACCGUCCACGGCGUCGAGCGAGAGAACGAGUUCGACGAAGCGUCCGCGGUGGUCGUCCUGCUGGAGGAGGAGCUGGUUGUGAUUGACCUCAAGACCCCCGGGUGGCCGUCGCUGCCCACGCCCUACCUGGCCCCUCUCCACUCCUCGGCCAUCACCUGCUCCUUCCACGUCGCCAGCGUCCCGCCCAAACUCUGGGAGAGGCUGGUCGCCGCUGGCAAAGCGCAGCAGGGCCGUCGGCACGCACACGGGAAGUGGCCCAUUUGUGGAGGGAAGAACCUCGCUCCUCAACCCAAACAACAAGAGCUGCUACUGACAGGGCACGAGGACGGCACCGUGCGGUUCUGGGACGCGUCGGGCGUCGCUCUCACGCCGCUGUACAAACUCGGCACGGCCAACGUCUUCCACACGGACUGCGACCCCUGCGACGACCCUCAGGACCCCGGAGACGACCCCGACAUGCAGCAGGAGGAAGAAUGGCCUCCGUUCAGGAAGGUGGGCUGUUUUGACCCGUACAGCGAUGACCCCAGGCUGGGCAUCCAGAAGAUCAGUCUGUGCAAGUACAGCAACAAGCUGGUGGUGUCUGGAACUGCUGGGCAGGUGAUUGUUCUGGGUCUGAGCGACGAGCGCUCGGACCACUCGGUGGACGUGUCGGUGGUCGACCUGCUGCAGGACCGCGAGGGCUUCACCUGGAAGGGCCACGACCGGCUGGAGCCGCGCCUCAAAGCCGUCUCCUUCCCGCCGGGCUUCCAGCCGCUGGUGCUGGUGCAGUGCAUGCCCCCGGCCGCCGUCACCGCGGUGGUGCUGCACGCCGAGUGGAACCUCAUCUCCUUCGGGACGAGUCACGGGUUCGGUCUGUUCGACUACCACAGACGAAAUGCAGUGCUGGCCAGGUGCACCCUGCACCCCAAUGACUCGUUGGCGAUGGAGGGCCCCCUGUCCCGAGUCAAGUCCUUGAAGAAGUCCUUACGACAGAGCUUCAGGCGCAUCCGCAAGAGCCGCGUGUCAGGCAAGAAACGGCCCAUCGCCACGCCCACCAGCAAGGUCCAGGAGGCCAACGCUGCUCUGGCCGAGCAGGAGGACGUGGCUCCGAUCCAGCGGAGGAUCGAGCCCCGGUCCGCGGACGACUCUCUGUCCGGCGUGGUCCGCUGCCUCUGCUUCGCCGACACGUUUCUACGCGACGGUACGCACCACGGCGCCACCCUGUGGGCGGGCACCAACUCGGGCAGCGUGUACGCCUACGCCCUGGAGGUGCCCGGCGUCGGCUCGGGGCGGGGCGGAGCCGGCGAGGCCGGCGUGUGCGUGGAGGCCGUUCUGGGCAAAGAGAUCCAGCUGAUGCACCGGGCGCCCGUGGUGUCCAUCUCCGUGCUGGACGGCCGGGGGAAGCCGCUGCCGGACCCGUACGAGGCGUCCCAGGACCUCGCCAUCGCGCCGGAUAUGACCAACGCCCACUCCGUCCUCAUCGCCUCGGAGGAGCAGCUCAAGGUGUUCUCUCUCCCCAAGGUGAGCGCGAAGACCAAGUUCAAGCUGACGGCGCACGAGGGCUGCCGGGUGAGGAAGGUGGCGCUGGUGGUGUUCGGCUCCACGGCGCAGGAGGACUACAGCGAGCACGUCCUGGUGUGCCUCACCAACCUGGGCGACAUGCACCUCUUCAGCAUCCCCGGCCUCCGGCCACAGGUUCGCUACGACUGCAUCCGUAAAGAGGACAUCAGCGGCAUCACGUCCUGCAACUUCACGAAGAACGGCCAGGGGUUUUACCUGAUCUCUCCCUCAGAGUACGAGAGGUUCUCGCUGUCGGCCAAAGUCGUCACGGAGCCGCUCUGCUCCGUUCAGAUGGACCGGCCGCUGGAGCUCAGCAGCGACGGUACGACGACGCAGGCCAACGGAACCCACAAGAACCAGAUGGGUCAGGCCGAGGGGUCAACAGAGGAUUCUCCCAGCAGCCUCUCCUCCCCCGUCCUGGACUCCCCGCUCGACUCCCCCCUCAGCUGCGCUGACAUCACCCUCGACUCCACCGGAGAAAUCACCGUGGAGGACGUCAGGGACUUUCUAACCACUGUGGACGAGGCGGAGAAUAACCUGAAGAACAUUAAAGAGGAGGAGGGACGCUCCACCGGCAUCCUCAUCAACUGAACAGUUCUACAGCGAGGGGCUCAAAGUGUUCUGGAUGGACCGGAUUUCAGUGCUGGACCACAAACGUCUCCCAUCGCCCCACUGUUGAGCCCCGGACCAGCACUCUGCACAGACUGGGAGGGAAGCCGGAGGAAACCGGCCUUGAAGACUCGUGUGUGUUUGUUCCACUGGAAGAAGAACUACAACUUCUUCUUCUUCUUCGUCUUCUUCUUGUAUAACCACUUUGGAAACACGACAGUGGCUCCCCCGUGGAGCUGGAGAGACGCCUGGACGGACGUGUAGCUGACUAUUCUGAUUUCAUGCACUGAAAACGGAACUUUUUUCUUCUUCUUUUUUUUUCUCCUCCAUCAUCCAUCGGGGCGCCGCCCAGAUGCGCGCCUGUCGAUUCCUUCGUUGGACUGUUUUGCACGUUGCUUAGCGACACCAGAGCCUCAUGAAGGACCUGUGUUUAAGAGGUGAGGGUGUACAGCAGGUACAGAAAGGGAGCAUUGUGGGGGUUCAGGACAGUAAGGAAAGGAAGUAUGUUGAAUAUUGAAGUGGGUCAGAUGUAUGUUCGGUUGAAACGCUUUACCCAGAGUCCCCGGCGGUGUGUGUACAUCAGCUGCUUCCUGUCAAGGUUUUCAGAAGCUCUCUGGAUAAUGAAGGUGUGUUUUUGUAAUACAAAGAUCGAUGUUCUAUUACAUGUGGGGUUUUUCUUUUUGUUUGGCUUUUGGAAAAAGUAAAAGAUAUUUUAAUGACUAACAGAAAGAGGGGACGCAAGAUGAGAGAAUUCACAGAGUUCAAAGGAAACCGGAUGUUAAGAGGGGAACUGUACGUACGGAGGACCGGAGCAGAUUCAGGCUGAAUAAUAUUUUUUUGAAAUGCCUUUAUUGACAAACGCAUGGGCCCAAGUUGCAAAUACAUGUCUUAAUAUUUCACUUAAACUUUGAUUAAUUAAUUCCGUUUUUUUUUUAUCAAGCAAAAUCAGCAACGGUUUAAGGAGCUCAGUUUGUUGUGAUUAAUGUUCCAGUUUUGGUGAAGAAAAGAGGAGAAGAAUGUGGUGAACAAAGCGUUGCUGAAUCCUCGUUUCUUCAUCUCAUGCAGAAAUCUUUUCGACGGGACUCAGGGAAGUGUGUGUGGCGAGGGAAGCGAAGUGUAAUGUACUGUGUACUAUGAUGCACCCUGGAGAUUUAUUUUGUGGGUUUCUGUGAAUCGGUGCAUUCUGGGUAAUAUUGGCUAGAUGUGGAGCUUUGAUCAGUAUUUUUAACCCUUUUUCUUUUUUUUUUAAAUGAAGAAAAACGUUUUACUGUGUAAAUAGAGAAAUAUAUAUAUACAGUAUCUUUAGGUUUACAGAAGACGGGUUUAUAACGCCACGCCGACGAUGGAGGAAACGUUGGAGCUCCUGUCGUCGCGUAAAACCGCUCAGUAUUCAAGCUUUUUGAUCACCUCGCGUAAAACUAAAUAAAACUUAAUUAAAAAAAGGGACCUCACUACUAACUAAUGUUACUCAACAUGUAUGAACCAUGUUAAUGCUCUCUCACUUUGGUGUUCGCUUGUGUUGGUGCUCUGGAUGACACACAAAUAAUUAACUCCUUGAUGCUACAGCUGGCACCAUUUACUUUUUUUUCCUUUUUUUUUAUUCGAUUAAGAAAAAAUGUGUUUCUACUUUUUUGUCAUUCAGUUUUGUGUGUAGGAUUUUAAUUGGGUCAUUUCGCGUUUUGGCUGAUGGAGAAUUGUGAAUGUUAAUAAACUUAUUUACUCUCUGUAGGAA